UGUGUGCGGGUGCACGGGAGGAGUGCCCGAACGUGGGCGCGCAUGGUGUCUCCGCAUGUGACGUAGCAGGUGUCGUGUGGGAGCGGGGAGUCACGGAGGAGGAGGGUUUGUGGAUCACUUGUUCGGUUAGUUAGAUCUCGAUAACACAGACAUGUCGGUGGACAUCCAAGAGACACAGACGGCCGAGGAGACGUCGGUGGACGGAAAGGACGUACAGGACAAGAUGAUCAAUUCUGAGAAGUCAGAAGAGGCCAAACUGAAAGCCAGAUACCCAAAUUUAGGAAAUAAACCGGGCGGCUCUGACCUGCUUCGCAAACGCCUCCAGAAGGGGCAAAAGUACUUUGACUCUGGCGACUACAACAUGGCUAAAGCCAAGAUAAAGAACAAGCAGUUGCCGACGGCUGCGCCAGAGAAGACCGAGAUCACAGGGGACCACAUCCCCACCCCCCAGGACCUGCCCCAGAGGAAACCCUCUCUGGUGGCCAGUAAACUAGCAGGCUGAUGCACACACAGCCUCCACAGCCCCUGCUGCCCCUCCCAGCCCUUACCCUUCCCGCUCAAAGUCUCAGAGCUGUAACAUUACCUCUCCCAUCCCUCACAGUACCUUUACCCUGCCUUUGCCCUCUCCCCAUCAGCCUGGACCCCACCCAACAGGAGCCCACACCAAGUACCCAGCGAACUGUUGAGCUGAUUCCUAUAAAUCCAGUUUAUUUUUUGUGUCUACCCCAUCUGGCCCUGCCCCCCCACUCCCUCCUAUCUUUGUUGUUUCCCCUUGCUACUUCUCCAAACUGACUGCUCCCCUUCUGUCAUUGUCUUCUUACUUUUCCAUGUUCCUUGUUUUUCAUUUUCUCUUUAUUUCAAUGUAAGAUACACUGAAAGACGGGACAUUCAAGUGUAAGUGUGGUGACGGGACAUUCAAGUGUGGUGAUUGGAUUGUGACGCCUCUGUACGCCUCUUGGACGACUGAUACCCACGAUGGUUACUGGCUGAAGAGAGGGGUGAGCAGCGGAAGCUGCGCCUUGAAUGGUUGGAGGGCUUUAGUAUGGUCAUCAGGAUCCCUCAGUUUGGAAGUCUGUGUAUAUAUACAUAUACAUAUAUUUCAUUUUGUUUGGCACAGGGGCAGAUAUCAGCCUUUUUUAGAAUGUUUUACAUUAGAUUUGUAUCAUUCACUGUAUGCCCUUAUUCUAAAUGAUGUUGUCAAUAUGCUUGUUACUAACUGAAUAUGGUAAUCCAGUUUUGUUAACACUUUAAUUAUGAACCAUGGGAGGAAGCUGUGCUUAAGGACCACACAGCGAACGCCAGAGUGUGUUAAUGAACUGCAUGUGUGACGCAGGGCUUCCAAAGACAAACCUCACUGAGCUCCAUUUUAGUUCACAAAGGUCUGAACAAAGAAAUUUACACAGAUGCUGAAAAGCUCAGCUGCGAUGUAUAAGCAAUGGGUGGGAGGGGAAUUGUGUUUUCAAGACAUCUUGAAACUUUGAAGAGUGAAAAGGAAGGAAAUGUUGCUUCAGUCUGAACCGCAGUGUUGAAUGCUUGCACAGUAUUUAUGUUGUGCCAGUCACUUCAGCUCAGAUGAUGACAGUCCUCUCCUUAGGUCACCAUUUCUGAUUACAAGUUGUCAUGAAUGGCACGUUUACAUGCUAGAAUAUGAGGUUUAAGGGACCUGAAAGCUAAAUGUGUGUCAGUAGGGACCAGUCUUUGUGUCCUGUAUGCUGUGUGAGUAGACUCAAUUUAAGGUGAAGGCUCUUGACACUGGGAACCAAUAGUGUUAUUAAUCAUGUUCACACUUGGGAAAAACCUUCUAUAACCAUAAGUUGAAGUAGUUUUAUCUUUAAAAGUUCCUUGGUCAUGUUUAAUGCUUUCCAAGGUCCUUACUGACUGGAUGAAGUUUAUCUGUGAUGCAGUAAAGUGAAGCUAUCAAAACAUCCGUCUGAGCUGUGCAUGUAUAUGGCUGCUGUCACUUUGUGCCAUUUUGUUUUGUAAAUAAAAUAGUUUUGCACAAAUGUUUAA